AUGGAGGGUCUUCCUUUGGUGUGCUAUUCGAGUGGGACAAUGAGUUCCCUUCUCGACAAGCUCACCAAACUGAAGAACAAUCAUUCCAAUCCAUCGGAUGAAUUUUCCGUUCUGACUGAAAAGUUGAAGGAAGAUCUGCUGGGCCUUAAGGAGUUCUGCGACAAGCUGGGCACAUCCAAAGUGUGUAUGAAGCAACUCCGGGAGCUGGUCUUCGAGAUCGAAGACUGGAUCGAUCAAAGGCCGGAGACCAACAUUCUGUUGGACACAGAAGAAAUCAAAUACUUCAUGUCUGAGAUCAAGGGAGCGCGUGAGCGCUUCAAAUGGUACCGAAGUCUUCUCAAGAUAGAGUCCAGUGAGACCGAUCUUGCUGUUGUUGCACCCAGCAAAAUCACCAUUGACCCUCGUCUGCUUAGCGAGGAGAAAUAUUGUCAUGGUAUUCUUGAUGGUCCAAGGGAUGAGCUUGUCAAGCAUCUGACAGAUCAGACGGAGGAGAUGCUAAAGGUGGUAUCCGUCGUCGGAGUGGAAGGCCUUGGUAAGACUACUCUUGCCAAGGAGAUCUAUUCAAAGCUUCAACUUCGUCGGCUGUUCGAAUGCCAAGCUAUGGUCUCUCUCGGCAGGAGGCCUGCCAUGAGGGAUGUACUAUAUCAUAUACUCCAUCAAGUAAAUCGUUUCAGUAAGACAUUACAUAGAGUUGCAGAUGUGCAGGAAAUUAUUACUGAGCUCCGGGAAUACCUCGGCGGGAAGAGGUACUUCAUCAUAGUCGAUGACAUACGGAGUACAUUCGAUUGGAAAGUUAUCAAUAGUGCUUUGCCAUACAACCGUGGAAGUAGGGUUUUGACGACAACUUGCAACGCAGAUGUAGGCAAAUCCUGUUCUAUCUAUCCAACUGAUCUUGUCUACCACAUGGAUGUACUUAGCGAGAAGAACUCCAAAAUCUUUCUUCUCAAUAGAAUAAUAACUCUUCAAGAGGAAGAAAGAGGUGCUGAAUUUGAAGAAGUUUCUGGUAACAUGUUGAAUCUAUGUGGUGGCAUGCCACUGGCCAUUAUUGUUGCAGCCAGCUUAUUAGUCAGAAAAUCCAAAGAACUGGCAGAGCUGAAGAUCUUUGGGGAAUCUAUUUAUUCAACAUUGAGGCAAUAUUCUACCUCCAAAGGGAUGACAAUGAUAUUGCACAAGAGUUAUGCUGAUCUAUCUCUUCCUUUGAGAUCUUGCUUUCUGUACCUAGGUGUUUUUCCGGAAGGCUAUAUUAUAAAAAAAGAUCGUUUGAUAAGGUUAUGGGAAGCAGAAGGAUUUAUUUCCAGGACCAAUAAAGAAUACUUGUGGGUAACAGGGGAGACGUACUUCAACGAACUUAUUAGUAGAAGGCUGAUUGAGCCACUUUUUGGAUUUGAGGAUGACCAGGCAUCUGGUUGUAUCAUUCAUGGUGUCAUUCUUGAUUUCAUAAGAUCCUUGUGGAAAGAAGAGAACUUUGCUACCACGGCUGUAGAAAUGAGCUCUGGUCCAUUUCCAUGUGACACGAUUCGGCGGUUCUCGGUCGACUAUGGCAACAAAGAUGAAGCUAACACCUUCUCCAGAAGCACCGUUCACCUUUCAAGCAUGCGAUCUCUAACUGUUUUCGGGGACGUUGAAGGGAUGUUUGAUCCUCUGUUCCCCUCAGAUUCCGAGGAUAAUGAACAAACUGAAGUUGCUCCAGUGUAUAUUCUGUGGUCCUUCAAACUUUUGCGGGUACUUGACCUAGAAGAUAGGAAGGAGUUGAAAGGUCACCAGCUGAAAGGCAUUGGUGGAUUGGUCCUACUGAGAUACUUGGGACUCGCAGGGACUCAUAUCAGCUGGUUACCAGAAGAGAUCGGAGAAUUGGAGCAGCUGGAGACCCUAGAUUUGAGGCGGAACUGGUACUUUGGGACUUUGCCUAAAUCUAUAUUUAAAUUGCAAAAGCUGAAGCAUGUGCUACUCAACGUAAAUGUGCAGAAAAGUUUUAUGAUGCAGGAAUUAGAAGAAGCAAAUAUCAUGGUCAACGAAAGCAACUCACUCGGUACAGUGGCAGAGCUUCUAAGGAAGUCUGAGUGGCUAAGGAUGCUACGUGUAACCUUGGGUAUAUCAUCAUAUGCAAUAGAAACCAAUCUCGUGUCUUUCUUCGAUGCAGUUGUAAAGUCCAAGCUCCACUCCCUAUCUCUUAAUUGUGAGUUUAGUAAUGAUGAAAUGGUUUCCCUACUUGUGGAUUCAUGUGCGAAGCUCACUGCUCCAUCAGUAAAUAAAUCUGAGCCCCCAAGAUUUGAGCUCGUACUAUUUUAUCUUCCUCUCAGGCGAGUUCCACCUGAUAUGGACUCACUCUCGAGCCUUACCCACUUGCACAUUCAACUUGAACAAGCAAAAGCAGGAGAUUUCCAUGUUCUUGGGGGCUUGAGUAAUCUAGUUCUUUUCAACUUGUAUGCAAGGAAAUAUUUACUCCAAGGAAGGUUGGUCAUCAAUAAGGGUAUCUUUCCAUGUCUGAAGGUGUUUUCCUUCAUAAUCCAAGAUAGUUGGACGGGUCUGGAGUUCAAAGAGGGAGCCAUGCCACAGCUUCAAAGGCUUUGGCGUACCCUCGGAAUAAUAAAAGCAGGGGAUCAAUUUGAAUAUCCGGAUAUUGGCAUGGAGCACCUCACUUGCCUCACAAGAGUCCAUGUGGAGGUCAGUUGCGCAUAUGUUACUUAUUUGCAGGUGGAGGCUGCAGAAGCUGUCAUCAGAGCACAAAUAUCUGAGCCCACAUUAGUAUUGAGCAGAUUCAAUGGAACUCUGAUGAAGGGAGAAGAGCAACACUCACUAGAAGAUGAAUACCCAAUGUGGAAGGGUAAAGGGCAACACUCACAAGGCCAGAUGUGGAAGGGUAAAGGAGAACAGUACUCCAGUAUUCCAUCUGAAAGACAACUAUUGGAGAGGAUGAGGAAAAACAGCUUACAAUAA